AUGCCAGAGGACACUGACGAGUUGCGCAGGCAAUUACAACUGUCACAGAAACGCGAAAAUUUGGCUUCUUUACGUUUAACGGUUAAGGAGAAGCAGUUACGAGAUUUGAUGGAUGAAAAUGAAUCGAUGAAACGAAAUGCAAGUGAGGAAAAUAAAUCGGACUGCACACUGGUUGAUCAUGCUGUUGGUGUAAUGUUUGCGGCAAUGCGUGAUGAAAUACGUAAAGCUCGAAAAGAUGCUCGAAUAGCUGCCUUGGAGUUGAGAUCCAUUAAAAAUGGUCCAGAAAGUAAUGAUACGAAAUUAUUGAUAGCUACAUGCAAGAAACUUGAGCAAGAAAAUGGUGAGCUAAAAGACGAACUAAGUCGAGUCACUCGGCUGGAAACUUUGCUGGCCUAUAGCCGAAAAAAUGUGGAAGGAUUACGAAAAAGAUGUAGAGGUUAG